UUCAUUGAUAGUUUUAUAAUAUAAGCCAAUUGAAUGUCAGGUUUUUAGACCAUAGAAAUGUUUUUUAUGAAUCUGAUUUAAAUCCUGUGAGAGUUGAGUUGCAAAUGUGGAAAAUCAAACUACAAAGAGUUGAAAACAAACCUAAAUCAGGAUUAGAUGCAAUUAAAGAAUGUAAUAACAUAAUACAUCCUAAUAUCUUUAAUUUAUUGAGCAUAUUGUGUACUUUACCAGUUUCAACCGCUACUCCGGAAAGGAUGUUCUCUUGUUUAAAAAGAUUAAAGACUUACACAAGAAAUACAAUGAAAGAAGAACGGCUAAAUGGCCUAACGCUUAUGGCAGUUUAUAAAAAUAUUUCUAUUUCAGCAGAAGAAGUUUUAAACGAAUUAGCUAAAAAAAAAAAAAAAAGCUAG